UCCUGCAGUGUAAACAACAAGAUUUGUCAGACAGGACCUCCAGGUCCUCCAGGUGCCCACGGGUAUCCAGGGUACAAAGGAGAAAAAGGAGUUACAGGGAAAACCGGCUCAAGAGGCCCUCCUGGCCCAAUCGGGGCUCCAGGCGCGAGUGGCAAAAGAGGACCCGUGGGACCUCAGGGAGUAAAAGGCGACAAGGGCGACAAAGGGUCCGUUGGAGCACCUGGGAUUAGAGGAGAGACUGGAACAAAGGGUCGUAAGGGACAACAAGGAUCUAUUGGCUUAAAAGGAAGCAAAGGCAGCAGAGGAUUGGUUGGUAUUCAGGGACCAAAGGGACAAUGUGUUGUUCCACCGAAGAUCAGUGUAUAUCCAGUAUCUCAGGAAGUCUUUGUGGACGAGCCCGUAAUAUUUUAUUGUUGGGUUCAAGGCCAUCUUUCGUCCAAGAUAACGUGGCGUAAACUUGGAGAUACUCUAUCUGAUGCUAUUGUGGAAGAUGGUGCGCUUCGAAUAAGCAACGUGCAAAGGUCACAUGCUGGGUCGUAUGUGUGUACAGCUCACACUGGUUUGGGAAUUUUCCGAAUAAUAAGCAGGUUGCGUUUAAAAGGUAGGAUCUUUAUUUCUUUGCUCUUUUAAAUUUUUUGUCUGCUCAUUCGAUGGUUUGGAUUCUUUUAGAGCAACCUAGGUUUACCAACAGGCCCCUUACAUUGGUAACUCCAGUGCAAGGAACCAUUACUACCCUCUGCUGCGAAGCCUCAGGUUCUCCUCGUCCCAAAGUUGACUGGUCGCGGGCUCAAAAGUCUUCUGUCUCAUUUCCGGUUUCCCAGGAAGCAGGAUGUCUGGUGGUAAAUACGGCUGAAGAGAAUGUUGAGGGAGAUUAUAUCUGUCGGGCUACAAACAGCAUCGGAUCAGCGGUUACGAAAACCACAGUGAUUUUGACCAGAUCUUCAGGUAUUUUUGUAUAUUAAUUUAGCUGUAGACAAAUGGUUUAACUGGACAAAACAGUUCGUGGCUGGUAUGAUGCCAGUCUGGUCUUGUCUGGUCUGGCCUGGUCUGGGCCGAGGCUCAUUAGAAACUUUUCAGAAUUUCUCUGCAAAAUCGUCCAGCAACGCGCUUACAGUCCUGUUGGCAAAUUCAAUAUGUUAGUAAUCUGGACCUUUCAUUAACCGCUCGUUCUCGAGAGCACAUGUGCACAGAUGUAUGCCUGCUAUGUUGAUCUUAUCAUUUUAGGCUGUACACAUUAAUCAAAAAUGAUACAGCAACUAGAUGAACCCAUGUUUAAAUAUAAAGAAAACCUUGAAAUACAAUAGCAUGAUCCCCUUAGGUCUCCUACAGCUGUGCGUCAUAUCAGUAAGUUCCUUAGAAAUAUUCAGUAACAGGAUAGGCCGAGAGACAAACCUAUCAAGUUCUUGCAAGAACGUCAGAUACUGUAAAAAAGAGCUCUUGAACAAUUCAGCGAUACACCACCAAUAUCUUAAUGGAUGAUUGUUCAGUAAGUCCCUUUGAUCGACCUAAUUCAGAUCUUGCUACAUUUGUGUUUUGGGAAGGUUUGGAACGCUCAGUAAUACUUGCUAAUGAUACCAAUUACCUGAACACAUUAAGCAAGUGGCUAACGCCUGUUAUCGUAACCAAAUCUAUUGACUGGAAAAGAUGUUGGCGAGCAUCAGUAGAUGGUUGGACCAGUACUACCUUCCACUCAUUGUGCAAUAACAAAGGGCCGACAGUAACUAUAAUCCGUGUGGGAAAAUACAUCUUUGGUGGAUACACCAGCACAUCAUGGAGUAAGUGAAUGAUUGACAAUGAAACCGAAAACUUACAUCGUAUUCAAAUUUAGAAUGUGACACUUUAGACGUAAGAAAUAACCUUGUGUGUUAGACGCCUAGGAUAGCGUCUCUGAGCACUGGCGACCCAAGCUCCAGCUGUAAGAUGAUCAUACGAAAUAACAGUCAUGGCGAAAUUUUAAUAGUUUGUAUGGGAAUAUUUACGACCGCUAUAGGGAAUAAAAAAAAUUAGUCAAAUUCUCACAAAAAAUACUUCACCUUCAAAAAUACUUCCGUAGUGCGUCGCUUGUUAUCUGACCGCUUACUGCGUUGAAAGGAACUCAUUUUAGCGAGUUAUCAAUUUCAAGGUUUUUUACGCACAUGGGAAAAGCCCAAGGCUGCACAAUCCAUUUCCGAACACCCGAUCCGAGAAGCGAAAAAUCAAAAUGGCCGGGCGGCCACAAAUCCAACGCAGAAUUCAAGUACAUAUACUUUAGUUUCAUUUCAAUUCGCUACAAGAUCAAUCUUUCCCGUGAAGCCGACGCUAAGCCGCAGUUUGCUUCAAAAGUUUCCAGUUUGGACGUUUCCAACGGCCCGCGUACACAUUCACCUUGACACACGACCGUUGAAAACCAGCUUUGUAACCCUGCCUCCUUUUAAACUGAGCCUCGCUGAGGACCACACCGUCACUUGGCAUGAACAAACUGUGUUAGAACCACGGGUGCCAAGGGACGGCGUGGACCCCAGCGAGGCUUCGUUUAAAAGAGAGGCAGGGUUACAAAGCUGGUUUUCAAAGGUCGUGUGUCAAAGUAAUGUGUAUGCGGGCCGUUAGAAACGUCUUAACAUAAGUGGCCUACAUAAGUGAGCUGAUUUCUGUUAUAAACACCGGAAGAUAUGAUAGGUAUAUUUCUUUUUGGAAAUUAAAAUGGUUAUGAUUAAUUGGUACCAGAACCUCUUGUCGUCCAAUUCUGUCUGUAAUCACACUCGUUAUUAACAAGUCAAUUUUGUUAAUCACUCGUAUGAUUACAGAUAGAAUUGGACUCCACUCUGUCUUAUUACCAUUAUAAAUUAGUUUCAGGUUGUAGAUAUAGGCACUCCUCGAGCGCCUUUUUGUUCUCAUUGGCAAACAAGCCAGGCUGGAGACCAGUUAAACUGUCUCAAACAGGACGGUAUAGCUCUGAAGGCUAUUCCAUAUACGAUUGUUCAAGCAGUGGACCUUCAUUUGGCGGAGGAACCGAUAUCCACAUUGUCGGCUACGCGUCAUCCAACACAAUUUCUUCUUCAAACCUUGGACACACCUACAGUGCACCAUCUGGCCACAGUUAUGGCAGCUCCUUCACCAAAUCAUUCCUGGCAGGAAGUAAAAACUUUCAACCCGAUGAAGUUGAAGUAUUCUAUGUAAGCUACUAGAAAGAAAUGAACUGAAGUAACGAUGAUAUUCAUCCUAUUUCGACCUAUUUACUAUCAAUAGAGACAGACUUUUCUGUCUGGGUUGCCUGUGGGUUAAGGCCCCAAACUGAGAUAAAGCUUGGACAGAUCACUUUAGGUAGUAGCACAAAACUGUUCUACUAUGUAAACAAGAAUCAUCAUUUGAGUCGUUGGAGAGAGUGCGCAAAUUGAUCAAAGUGACGCUAUGGUGAACUCGUGGAUAAACUGUGCAGAAUAUUAUAAGAAUAUGCAGUGACUGUACUAAACUGUCAAUUAGUCGGUGAUUCCAAGAUACAGAAUCAAGCCAUUAUCUCCAAAUUGAUCCGCCUUAUCCAACAAUCGGUCCGCCAUCUUUAAUAAGAUGUAUGUAAGUAAGUAAGUAAAGACUUUACUUAGAGAGGGUAGCACUAAAAUAAUAUAGAAAUACUAACAAACCAGUGGCCCUCUAAAAUUAUGUACGAUACGGAUGUUAAAAACUAUGGCAUAACUAUGAGAUAAUAUAACGAAUAAAAAUACAAGAGAUAAGAGAUAAAAUCAAUUAAAAGUACAAAAGUAUAACUAAAUCACAGAAUAAAAUGAUUUAAAAGCUGCUGUUCUUCAAAAAAAAUUUUCCAAAGAGAGUUCCUAAAAGAAUUAAGCGACGCUAUUUUCCGCAUAGAUAGCGGUAAGCUGUUCCAGGUUUGACAGGCAGUCACAGUCAAUGUUCUUCCUCCUUCAGGUUUACGUUUGAUAACAGGGCGAGCAAUAUUGAAGUUGGCAUACCUAGUCUGCCGUGAAUGAGUGUCGCUAGUAAGCUUUAGUAAACUUUUAAGAUAGGUUGGUACAUACCCCUGUAAACGCUUGUAUAUAAUACAGCAUUUAGUUAGUUUAGCCUGUUCGAAAAAAAUGGUAUCCAGUUUUAGUUUAUUACCGGUCUUAUCAUGGUGUUAUAAAAAAUAAGUCGAUGUUUUAGAGGUAGACAAUAUUUAAUUCUCUUUCAAAUGCCUAUCCGCUGCUAGAGCUUUUUACUCAAUUUCUCCACAUGAGGGAUAAAUGUUAGUUCGUGGUCGAUUUCUAGUCCCAAAAGCUUUGCACAACGAACAUUCUCAAGUUGUUUUCCAUUAACAACUACAGCAAGGUCAUGGUUAAUUCUGGUAGAAAGUAUGUAACCUAUUUCGACCUGAUGAAGUUGAGGUGUUUUACGAAACUACUUGAAGCAAACGAAUUCCUAUUUACUGACAAUGGAGACAGGGUUGCCUGUGGUAAACAAGUAUUAUCCUUUUGAGUCAUUGAUGAGAGUGCGCAAAUUGAUCAAAGUGACGCUAUGGUGAACUCGGGGAUAAACUCUGCAAAAUAUUAUAAGAAUAUGUAGCGAUUGUACUAAGCUUUCAGUUAUUAUGUAGUUUCAAGAUACAGAUUAACUACUAACCCCUAAGCCAUUAUCUCCAAAUUGAUCCGCUUCAUCUGACAAUUGGUCCGCCAUCUUUGAUAAAGUGUAUGCAACCUAUUUCGACCUGAUGAAGUUGAAGUGUUUUAUGAAACUACUUGAAGCAAACGAAUUCCUAUUUACUGACAAUAGAGACAGGGUUGCCUGUGCCUUAUGGUCACAAAGAUAAAGCUUGAACAUCAUUUUUAGUCGUAAGUGAGAGUACGAAAAUAAGACAUAUGCUCUCCUCAGACUCUUUCGGCCGUGGUAACGCCAGAAAUUUGCAUAUCGAAUAUACCGAGAUUCUCAUAUCCACAAGUAAAAAAAAGGGCUAGGUUUGUGUGUACUUUGUUAUAAGGGGUAAAAUGGAUAGUUAACUCCAAUUGAAUGUUUCUUGCAAGAUUAUAUAUUUCCCAGUAGCGCAGUAUUUUUCUGAGCCUCACAGGGACGAGGGAAAACAUGAGCAAUAGGCAAAAUGUCAAUUCGUAUUAUUUGUGCAACCAUCGAAUGAGAAAAUUAUUAUUACAUUUUGUAUCAUACGAAAGCGUUAUCGUGCAAGAGUCACUCAGAUUGAAGGAUUCGUCACCGUGCCCUCUGAAAAAAAAAAAAACAUUUAUUUCCCAGUACAAUCUCAGUACAAGAAAUUAGCUGAGUGCUCCUCACAUUAUUCGAUUCUACGAAUCUUGCCAUUAAUGUGCAUCAUGCAGCUAGGUAAAUGGCAAAGGCGUCAAUUUGAGUUUUUGUCAAUAACAGGUCUGGGCAAGUACUGCUUCAACAUAUCACAUAGCAAACUAUGUUCACGUCAAGGUUUUAAUUUGUGAAAUACUUUGCUUGAGUUGGAUGUCAAAUUGAACCAAUUCAAACGCCCCUCUAAGUUCUAUUAUAAUAAAGUUCGGAUAUAACGCACGCUGUCAUUGGUUGAAAGAGCGUGCUCUAUGAGAGUAUAGAGCAUAGAGCCGAGCUAAAGCUAUCACGCCAUCUGCCAAAUUGUACCAUGUUCGACCUUUUUCCGGGAAAUCUUUUUUAGCUUUUUUUCGAUAAUUGAAAGUGAAAUUUCGAAACAAGCGAGCCGGCAAGUAACAACAGAAGAACCAAACAAAGGUUUGUAAACAUACCAGGCGCCGUAAUUUACGUUAUUAAAACGUAAGCAGAUACGAAAAUCCUCAAAGGAAAAAACAAAUAGACAUUCCGAGUUUUAAAGAUUUUCACGCUCAGUUAGAUUGCCAGCUUACGUACGGUAAUAAAAAUCAAACACAGCCAACACUCGUAUAGUAUACAAAGUUCAGUGUUCAAAACAAAACAGAACAAAACAGAAAUGAUGACCAAAAUAUAACCAAACUGGCAUAACUGUUAAAAUUCAUACCAAUCAUGACGGUGUCAGAGCGAGCCGAGUUUUGCGGCGCUGUCAUCUCGAGCGAUCUUCAUGUUCCGGUGAAUUCGGCUGUCGUUCAUUCAAAAAACACUCGCCUUGGACAGUUUAUUUUCUACCUUGUCAUGUGAAAAAACUCGCGUGUUUUUAUGAGCCAUAAUUCGGCUGAGGUUCACCGAACAUUUCACUUCAAGAUUCUGUAUUAGAGACUUAAAAAAAAUCAGGCAAAAGUGUUAAAUUCGACCUACCGAACUAUUUUAGUUUGUAAACAAUCGCAGAAGGUGAACUUUGAUGGUUUUUGAACUUUGAUGGUUUGACACUUUUGACAGCUUUAGUCUUGUACAGCCAAUCAGAUUGUUUGAACCAUUCUAACAGGGAUUGUGGAUUAGUUAAUGUUUUCAACUUAGCUUCAUUUGCGAUUCCUUUUUUGAAUUUCGUGCAUCGUUUUUCUCCGGAACAAAGACAACGUGCGAAAAACUUCAGAGGGAAGUUUCAAGCUUACGGUCAUCCCCAAAACAUUUUGUCGAAGAAAUUAUUUUCAUUCCGAUACAAGUGUUGAGCUUUUAACCUCAUUUAAGUAUUCUUAAGCAGCCUUAAUAAUAAAUCAGCGUAGCUUCAAGGGGUUAUCUGUGUCAGAGAAAUUUGAAAAGCUGACAUCUACGAUGGGAGUAUUGUCAAUGAGUAUUCAGACGUUUUCUCCUCCAACUGAUUAUUCAUUUUCUUUUCACUUCUAUUUCAUACUCACCCCUGCACUAAAAAAAAAACUUCGGUCAAAGACCUCCUCUCAAGAAAUUUAAUCUGUAUUGUCUGACAACGGCGUAAGUGAUAUUUUAAGCUAUUGGGAGUACACUUAAACAGCUCAGCGCUGAGAGGGAAGUUUCAUCUUAAAUUGCGUUUUUGAGCCAUAUUAGUCCUUACGAACGCACCAUGUUCCUCCUGUUUUAAAGAUCGUCAAUACAGAAAUGGAUGCAAAGAGGAAUAUCUGCACGAAAUCUAGUGAAAAGAUCAGGAUAAUUUCCGUGACUAUUUCAGUGACUUCUUUAACUCUUGUGACAUUGCUGUUUAUGAGGAUCGAGUUUGUGUAUAACAAUUCGAAAGCGCUGGAAAUAAGGCUUGAAAACCGAAUUCAGCGGAUUGACGAUGACCUGAAAACAAAUAUAGAGAGAAUAGUUAAGAAGAGUUUACAAAUUUAUGAAACUGCAUCCACAACAAGGAGAAAGGAAAAGCCUGAUGUUAUCUUUGGUAAGUCAUUGGUUACACGUACAUCAGUUCUGGUAGCUUUUAACAUUUUGUAACAUUAAUAACCAACACAAACUGCAUCACAGCACAAAAUGAUUUCUCGUUAGUUUGCCGCUUAAUUCUAUUAACAGAAUACUCGCUAUAGUUCUACUGCCGUUUAUUGUGAAAUAAGACAGAGCUAAAAUAUAUCUUAAGUUGUAUUUUAUUUGUAUGUUAUCCUUCUACUACGGGUAUUUUUGGAAAGGUCAAACUCAACUGACGUUUAAAGUCUGAAUUAUUUUCUUUUUUCACAAGCUUCAUGCGAAAGAACACGCGUAAGGUAAUCAACUAGUGAGCGUUCUUAUUGAUUUGCUUUACUCAAGAAACUGUAUGGUUAUCGAAAACAUCUGCUUUCACAUAAUACAGUAAUGUAAGGUGACAUGCAUUCGUGCGUCAGGCCACCAAAAAAUGCAAAUUGGAUCAGGUAACAUUUUGUUGAACCAAAUCGAAGUUAUGACUCCUACUGUUUUAACUUCUUGAAACACGGCAGUAUAUAUCCUCAUUCUCUCAGACUAAUGUGUUUGAUUACCGCCAAUUUUUAGCACUGAAAGAACAGGACUUUGAGUACGAUGCUCAAUGAGCUUACUUGAAAUCUCGCAGCUGAAAAUUCUCAGGACUAAAUGCAGCUUCGGACGGUCCUCGGGCUAUUCAACAAAAUUUAUAGAAGUAAAGGGUUCCUUUUAUGAAUUGUUUUUUGUUCUUUAACUCUGACUCCAUUUCAUGUUCAUAUAUUCAUUUUUGCGCCGAUUUUGUGAGAAUAUUAAUGUUUUAACAAUUGCAUAUUCCUCUUUUGUUUUUAUUUUACCUUUCCUGUCUCUUUACCGCAAACAUCGAUUGAUAAACGACUACAUCAAUUAAGAUUAUUCUUUCGCACUUUAAAAUGCAUUAUUUCAUUGAUCUCCUGAGAAAUAUUUGUCAUCGUAACUUGUGCGGGUUUUGAAAGCAAAGUAGGAAGUGUGUCAUCAGUUAACCGUGAUCAUCAAAGAGAGAGAAGAAAUGUUGCUGCAGGAACAAUAACUUUACAGCAAGUCCGCCAAGAAAUCAACAACAAACUCAAUCAAUCCUGCAGUGUCAACAACAAGAUUUGUCAGACAGGACCUCCAGGUCCUCCAGGUGCCCUCGGCUAUCCAGGGUACAAAGGAGAAAAAGGAGCGACAGGGAAAACCGGCUUAAGAGGCCCCUCGGGUGCUAUCGGGGCUCCAGGCACCAGUGGCAAAAGAGGAGCUGUGGAACCUCAGGGAGUAAAAGGCGACAAGGGCGACAAAGGGUCCGUUGGAGCGCCUGGGAUUAAAAGAGAGACUGGAACGAAGGGUCGUCAAGGACAACAAGGAUCUAUUGGCUUAAAAGGAAGCAAAGGCAGCAGAGGAUUGGUUGGUAUUCAGGGACCAAACGGAGAAUGUGUGGUUCCACUGAAGAUCAGUGUGUAUCCAGUAUCUCAGGAAGUAUUUGUGGAGGAGCCUGUAAUAUUUUGCUGCUGGGUUUAAGGCCAUCUGUCGUCCAAGAUAACGUGGCGUAAACUUGGAGGUACUCUAUCUAAUGCUACUGCGGAAGAUGGUACGCUUCGAAUAAGCAGCGUACAAAGUUCACAUGCUGGGUUGUACACGUGUACAGCUCACACUGGUUUGGGAAUGUUACGAAUAUUAAGCAGAUUGCAUGUAAAAGGUAGGGUCUUUCACUUUUGAGCGAUUUUCAGCUUUGCAUUCACUUACAAAGUAGGUAAUGCCCCUAAUAUAAUCAUCAUGGUUAUUCAGGUCUAUGAAUUAAGACUUUUCUACAACCAAGAAAAUAUAAACUGAAUAUAACUUUUUAAGACCUUCACCAAGCUUGUUUUGUGCCUGUUAAAUUGGUUUUUUUCUUUCUUCAGAGCCACCUAAAUUUACCAACAGGCCUCCUACAGUGGUCGGUGCAAUUCCAGGAACUAAUGUGACCCUCUACUGCGAGGCCUCAGGUUCUCCUCGUCCAAACGUAGAAUGGUUCCAGGCACAAAAGUCUUCUGUCUCAUUUCCUGUUUUUCAGGAAGAUGGAUGUCUUCAAAUUAAGAUGGUUAAAGAAGACGUAGAUUUCAUCUGCCGGGCUAAAAACAGCUUCGGAUUGGCAGAGACAACAACGACGGUGAUAGCAGAAGUAUUAGGAGGUAUUAUUUAUUACUUUUGCUGCGAGGCUUUGAAAAUAUGUAGUUGGAAGGUAGUGUCCCUUGUCUUAAUAGCGCGAUAUGUUUGUUAAAUGGGUCCAGCAUUUAAAAAAUAUCCCAAAACCGCCCUUGGUUAGCUCAAGGUGUAGAGCACCGAACUGCCAUGCGAAAGGUCGAGGGUUCCACACUCAGGAUCUUAAAAUAACUGAAGUGAAUGUGCUGCCACUACCUUAACAUCUGCAAGUAGUUAAACAUUGUAGUCUUCUCGGAUAAAGACGAUAAAAUCCUACGUCUCUCUGUACUGGUUAGCAGGGGACUUUAACGAACUCACGCACUUCUCGCAAAGAGUAGCGAACAUAUCUCCCAGUGUUGUGCUCUGGCCUUGUUAUUAUUUAUACCAGCCCUAUUAAACAAACUCAAAGCUGAAAUGGGCCAACAAGUCUACCUGUUGUUUAUGAAUAAAUUAAAUUUUACAGUAAAAAGAUACAAAAACAUUUGCUGCUGUUGCUACUAGUUCAUUCUCAUUUGGGAUUAAAUUGUGUUCGGGGACCAAAACCGAAAUUGAUCCCUUUUUAAUUGAGCAGUUAAAACAGGCUGAGGUAUCUUUAUUUUUCAGAUUUGAAGCAAUCAGUAACACUGGCAUAUAAUGUUCAUUACCUGCGCAAUUUGAAAAUUUGAUUAAACCCUGUUGUGCAGAGCCAGUCCUCGUACUGGAAGCGCUGCUGGCGAGCAUCCGUGGAUGGUUGGGCCAGCACUACCUACACUCAAAUUGUGACAACAAAGGGCCCACAGUGA